AUGUCGGUGUCACUCUGGUUUCUAGGCGUUCUGGCGACCCUGAUUGCGGUAGGGGGCAAUGGUCUAUUACCCAACACGUGUAAAUUCCCAGGUGUAAAGAAGUUUGAUAUUGGUUUUGAAAAAGUAACCAACAAGGACAACAUCAAGCUGUCAAAGCGUCAGAGAUCUAUGCAAAACCCAGCAGCUAGCCGUAAAAAGUAUCGUGGAGAGAUAUGGGAAGGCACGCGAGCAUCACUAAGCUGUGGGGGAUGGCUGAAACAGCAGGUUGGAUCACCAUUCUUGCGUCUAUGUAACGAGAGACGGACAUUUACACAGACAGGAAAUUACGUCAUUUUUAACUCAAGAUUCUGUUUAGUGUCCCGUCCAUUCAACAGUUUCAAAUAUCCAUCGGUGGAAUGUAUUAACGACGAGUGUAAGAAUGUGUGGAUUCGGCCAGGUGAAGCGUACAGGUGUGUACCAGGAGGCACACGAGAAUACGGGGUACCCGUCUACUGCAUUAACAAAGGCAAGUCUGCAUGGUACACAAUGCCCCUCAAGGUCAACACGUGCUGCGUUUGUCGUCACUUCGUCUGUCCGAAACUCCUCCAUCAUGCCUAACCAUGUUAGUAAAGCUAUCAAACUUA